CUAUAUGUUCUCAACAGCAUCAAUCCUCAUCUCACAAACAACCUUCGCGCCUUCACAAGCCAGACUGCUAGGUUCCCCGCGUUCAUGAGGGUCCACUACCCCGCGUCCUCGGCUCUACGCGUUCCCCGCCUCCCGCACUGACCCCCAUAAAUUUGUUCCACAUCCCUAGAUUCACGGCAAUCAAGCUAUAUACUAUAGUAGCUCGCCUCAACUCAAUUCAGUGGCACAAUUUACCCAGAAAUGCCAAUCUAAGCUAUACCACGACAUACGACACUGCUCUGUCCAUAUCGACCAUGAGCGCCCCAUCCAGCCCUAUCGCCGCGUUAGCCCCCCUGGCUACACCCCUCCCUCCAAGCCCAAACGGCACCCCAUUCACCGACGCACAAUGGGCUAUUCUCAUGUCCCUAAUGGACGCCGUCAUCCCGCGUAUUGUGCGCGCCUCCGCCGCCACUGAGGGAUCGCUCGACUACACCGUCUCCGACGCGGAGUACGCGUUUCUCUCCACACAGGCGGGCGCGAGCGCCCAGGCUAAGGAUACAGAGACGCUGGAUGCGUAUCUGGCGGAGCGGCCGAGUGAUAGCGCAGAGUUCCAGGAUUUGAUGAUGAGGCAGCUUGUGUGUUACGCGACGGAGGAGCAGGUCAAGGGGUUGAAAUUUAUAUUGGCGGCGCUGGGUACGCGACCAGGCGCGCUGUUAUUGACGGGCUAUACUCGAACAUUGGACACGCUAGAUGCGCAGGCGCGUUCGGAGGUGCUGAAGGGCUGGCGAACGCAUUACCUGUCGCCAAUACGCGUGCUAUAUGGCUCCAUCGUAUCGCUGGCAAAAAUCAACUACCUGCGCACUUCCAGGUUGUUCCCGACUCUUACGGGGUACAGCUCCACGCCGACGGGCUACGAACCUGGCCCAACGUUCGACUAUAAGUUCUUGAAGUUCGAAGCGGCCGCUGAGCCAGCGACGCUCGAGUUCGAUGUUGUUAUUGUUGGCUCAGGUGUCGGCGGAGGCGUGUCGGCGAAGAAUCUCGCAGAGGCAGGAUUCUCAGUCCUCGUCGUCGAUAAAGCAUACUACCACCCGCCUAACCGCCUCCCCAUGAAUGAAGCAGCGGGAUACGCGAACCUCUUCGAAAACGGCGGCGUUGAUGCCAGCUAUGACGCUUCUCUCACCUUCAUCGCCGGCUCCAACUGGGGCGGUGGCGGCUCCAUCAACUGGUCCGCGUCGCUGCAGCCGCAGUCAUACGUCCGUCAAGAGUGGUCUCGGGACCGGAAAUUACCGCUGUUCGAGACCACGGAGUUCCAAGACGCGCUGGAUAGGGUGUGUGAUCGCAUGGGUGUUAGCACGGAGAAUAUCGAGCAUAGCCAUGGUAAUAAGGUCCUGCUGGAGGGAGCGAGGAAGUUGGGGUAUGAGGCAAAAGCGGUGCCGCAGAAUACGGGGGGACACAAACAUUCGUGUGGGCGCUGUGGGAUGGGGUGUGGAGCGGCAGAGAAGCAGGGGCCGAAUGUGUGUUGGUUACCUGAUGCGGCGAGGGCGGGGGCGCAGUUUAUGGAAGGGUAUCAGGUUGAGCGAGUCUUGUUCGAGACGCGGGGCGGGAAUAAGACCGCGGUGGGUGUCAAGGGCGUAUGGACGAAGGAUGGCGUGGAGAGAGAGGUUGUCGUCAAGGCGCAACGCGUUAUUGUCUCCGCUGGAUCCCUAAAUUCUCCUGUCCUGCUCUUGAAUAGCGGUCUAAAGAACCCCCACAUCGGCCGAAACCUCUACAUGCACCCCGCCAACAUGGUCUCGGCCUUCUUCCCCGAAGACGUGCGCCCCUGGGAAGGCGCAAUCCUAACCACAGUCUGCACCUCCUUCGAGAACCUCGAUGGCCACGGCCACGGCGCCAAAAUGGAAGCAACAUGCAUGAUCCCCACCCUCUCCCUCUCCCAAAUAAACUGGACCUCCGGCCCGGACUGGAAGCUCCUCGCUGCCAAAUACCGCCAUAUGAAUACCUAUGCCAGCUUCGCGCGCGACCGCGAUCCGGGACGCAUCCUCGCUAACCCGAAACGAGUCGAGUACACACCCUCCGCCUUUGAUCGUAGACACACCCUCAUUGGUCUCCUUGAGAUGAUGAAGAUCCUCCUUGUCGGCGGCGCCGCGGAGAUCCAUCCCCAUCUAUCUGGCGCCCCGCCCUUUAUCGUCGAUCCCUCUGCCGAGCGCUCGCCUGCUAACCCGGAGUUCAAGGAGUGGCUACGCAAGGUUGAGCUGGUGGGGAAUGCGCCGCCGGGGGUGUCGUGCGGGAGCGCGCAUCAGAUGGGGUCGUGUCGGAUGAGCGCGACGGAGGGGAUGGGGGUUGUGGAUCCGGAGGGACGGGUGUGGGAGACCAAGGGGCUGUAUGUUGCGGAUGCGAGUGUGUUUCCGUCGGCGAGUGGGGUUAAUCCCAUGGUGACGAAUUUGGCGAUUAGUGAUGUGAUUAGUAGGCGUGUGGCGGCGGGGUUGAAGAAGGAGAGGGGGGAGAGGUUGUGAGUGGCUGGGGACUGGUGGAGUUGGGAUUUUGAGGUGAGGAGUUGCAUAGAUAGUGCUAGAUACUGGGGGAUGCUCAUCACAUCUCAGUUUGCGUUGUUUCUUUGCUGUUAGUGAUUAGCUUUUACGUUGUAACAGUGGUCAAUACUGUAGUGGGAAUGUAUUACAAUGAAAAAAAC